AAUUUUAGGAUUUUUAAUUAAAGAAAAAGAAAAAGAAAGAUAAGAAAAAGAAUUUGAAGAAAAGAUUUAAUUGGAUAUUGAGCUAGUUCUUGUACCCAAAUUAGACUCAAAUUUUUCUACCUAGCCCAUAAUUCCCAAACCCAUACCUAAUCCCUACAUAACCCUUACACCCCAAAAUCCUAGAACUUUAGAAGAUAGAGAAAAAGGGCAGACAUCGGCUCUUCUUCUCCAUUUUUCCUUUCCUUUCCUGGGCCUCUCACUCAGGGCCUCUCACUCAGCUUCCAUGGACCUCCAUCAACACCUCCCUUGACCGCGCUAACUGAUCCCUCCCUAUAUUUCCCAUCACAUACAUCUGAAACAGCUAAGAGAAAGAACCUAAAUCUCGAAAAAAUUGAGAUUCAAAAAAAAUAAAGAAAAAGAGAUCUGAAAACAAAAGGAAAAAACAGAAGAUUUCAAGUGAUUUUAUUUUUGCUGAUUCGGGAAAGCUAUCUCCAUUCGUUUCUGGGUUGCAGAUCUGUGAAUUGAUUGCAAUGCGCUGCUGUUGUUUUUUUUCCCGCCGAGUUCGUAGCUGAGCUCAAUAUUCUGCUGCAAUUAGCAUGUAUUUGGCUUCCUUUUCUUCAAAAUUAAGUCCUUGAGUAUAUAGAAAUACUAGAGAGACAUACUUGAUGUUUUAUUGUCUGUUCACUACGAACAGGAUUAUCACUUGCAGUGAGGGUCUUAAAUUGACCUCUAUAGCAAGUGGAUCCCAUAGACAUCAAAAGCAUUUGCAUGAUGUAUGAACAUAUCCAUGGAUUGAUGAAGAUGUGUUGAAUCCCCAUGAGAAAAUGAAGAAUGCAUACACAGUUAUAGAUAAGAAGGAAAGGUAGCUUAACAAUGAUAACAUCCAGAAUUGGCCUAAGAAGGGUCGAGUUUAUCCUCGUUUAUCGAGCAAGACAGGUGUUGAUGCAGUUGGGGCUGCUGUUCUUCAUUGCUGUGUUCUGGGGUUUUUUUCCAGUUUUCACAGCAAUCUUCACAUUUCCACAAGAAAGGGCAAUGCUGAACAAGGAACGAUCUGCUGACAUGUAUAGAUUAAGCGCAUAUUUUUUGGCUAGAACCACCAGUGAUAUACCACUGGAUCUUAUAAUGUCAGUGCUCUUCCUUUUAGUGGUAUAUUUCAUGGCAGGAUUGAAACAUGAGGAUGAUGCCUUCUUCCUAACUGUGCUUACAACUUUCCUCUGCAUUGUAGCAGCUCAGGGAUUAGGACUAGCAAUAGGGGCUAUACUAAUGGAUUUAAAGAAGGCAACCACUUUUGCCUCUGUUACUGUAAUGACCUUUAUGUUAGCUAGUGGAUAUUUUGUAAAGAAAGUACCGGUAUUUAUAUCGUGGUUACGGUACCUAUCCUAUAACUAUCAGACGUACAAACUCCUUCUAAAGGUUCAAUAUAAGGAGAAAAAUGACUGGGUGGAUGGAAUUAAAGUAGGAAGCGGUGUAAAGGAAGUAUGUAUAUUACUAGCUAUGGUUUUUGGCUACCGGCUCCUAGCAUACAUAUCUUUGCGGAGAAUGAAGCUUCACUCAGGUGCUUAGAUGAUGCAAAUGAUGGUUCAUUUCAAACUAAAGAACUAGUCUAUGCAGCUUCCACUGAUUAUAGAGGUACCUGAUUCUGAUAUAAGUUGCAGCACAAGGAAAGAAGAUUUGGCUGCAACGCCUGAUGAAGUUCUAAUUUUUCGUUUUCUGUUUACCUCUACGCAUAGUUGUAAAUUUUUAAAUCUACUAGAAACUAGAAACAAAAAUGAACUGUAUGUAGAAUGUUCCUAUAGUUGCUGAGAUGGAGAUCAUAUUCAUGAUUACUCCUUUAAAAUUUUGGUUCCAUUGUACCUUU